GCCAUCCGUCUCCUUAUUUCCAGGAACGCGUCUCCUCCCUCCUCUCCGGCGGCGGCGGGCGGCUCCGACUCCGAUCCCGACACGAACCAAGGCAAAAAUGACGGCUGGAUACAUUGCUGGGUCCUUGGUUGGAUCCUUCGCCAUUGCUUACCUUUGUGACACAUUUAUUUCUGAUACGAAGGCAUUUGGUGGUUCCAUUCCAAAGACUGUCUCUGACAAGGAGUGGUGGCAAGCCACUGACACCAAGUUCCAGGCCUGGCCUCGCACCGCUGGACCACCGGUCAUCAUGAACCCCAUCAGCCGCCAAAACUUCAUUGUCAAGUCCACUGAAUAGACGAGAGAAGCUGGUUUAGCGUCUUAUUUUUACCAUGAAUAUGAAGUUUGCUUAUUAGGUCUUGAGAUUGUAAUAAAACGUGACAGUCAGGAUACCUUUUUGCAACUUCACUUCACCUGUGAGCAAACAUUGGAGCUUACAGCAUACUACUUAAACAUUUGAUGAGUUCCGUUCCCCGGUGAAAAGUUUCCACCGGGCAGUAAAGAAUUGCAUUGUUUUCCCAUAUUCA